AUGGACCCCUCUGGCGUCCUCGGAUACGACCCGAAUACUUCUCAGGUGGUCGCUGAGACUCUGGUUUCAAUUGUCACCCGAUCCGCACUGUAUCUCGCUGACGGCUCCGCCCAAUGGGUAGCCGUCAAAACUGCCACUACUAGACGCGAACUCACUAGAGAGCCGCACGAUAUUGUGAAGGAGCUACGGAUACUGUCUACCCUAUCCAAUCCCUCGAUUAUUGAUGUCAUUGGCUCCACGGUCGAUCCCAAAACAUCGAUGCUCAGGUUCUGGAUGCCCUACAUCACCAAUAAUCUCAUUACCCUUCUCCGAUACCCGCAAUUCUCUCCACGCCCUUUUCAGGCAGCAAUCAACGCUCCCUUUGGCGUCCAUACAGAGACCUUCACAAUGGUGGCGAAAUCGCUCAUCUACCAGAUCAUAUCCGGCAUAAGUUACCUCCAUCAUCCAAGUCGAGCCGUAGCUCAUCGGGACAUAAAACCGAGCAACAUCCUAGUGGCUGAAGACGGGUGUGUGAAGAUUGUAGAUUUCGGGAUCGCUUACAAGGAGACAGACACCAAGGACAAUCGGAAGAAGGACAUAUGGGACGAGGAUUCCACCCAUAUGUAUAACGAGGUUGCAACGGGACCAUAUCGUGCUCCAGAACUACUUUUUGGACCUCGAGCCUACGACGCUCUGGCAUCUGAUCAAUGGAGUCUGGGAGCAACCAUCGCCGAGUUCUUCACUUCCAUCAGACACUCAAGCUGCGACGAAGAUGAGGAUGUAGACUCUGAUUCCGAAGACAUGGAAGACUCACGCACGAGACCGUACGUUCCACCGAAGGAUCCGCGUGUAAUGAGCGAUGACGGCUGGGAGAGAUGUUGUCUGUUCGACUCAGAACGCGGGGAUAUUGGCCUCAUAUGGAGUAUAUUCAAGACUCGCGGAACAGCGAAUGACCAGAACUGGCCCACAUUCAAGGAACUUCCGGACGCCACGAAAUUGACUUUCAUCGAUUCACCAGGCGUUCCCCUUUCCACUCUACUUCCCAACUUGCCAUCAGCGUCACUGUCUACCACUACCACCAGCCAUUAUCCUCCAGAGAUGCCAGAACCCACUCCCCUCGAUCUCAUCCACCGAUUACUCGUCUACACACCGUCCUCACGCAUUAAAGCUUCAAAAGCGGUGGACCACCCCUGGUUCACGUCGCAGCCUCUGUUGUUGCCUACUUCAUUCACUGACCAUAUGGACUCCACACCCCCCACGGCUGCUACGACCUGGAAAGACCGAUCUCUAGCUCAAUGUCUUUCAUCUAUUAUUGCGCUUCCGUUACCGUCAUGA